UAUAUAAAUGGAUCACAUAGUCCUAUUCUUGCUUUAUCUCUAAGUAAUAGGCAAUUCUAGAAAGCAAAAAAUUAAAUGUCGUCUAAAGUCAGUUCCCCUCUUUGCUUGGUAUUGUUCUUUUUCCUCUUCUUAACCUUCACACAUGCAAGAAUACUUGGCCCUGUUUCUUCCCCUACCAUUUCAAGCAAUACUCAAUAUGAUGAGGUUUUGGAAGAUGAGAAGGUCAACAUAGAGGACAAUUGUGAGGGUAUUAGUGAAGAUGAUUGUUUGAUGAGAAGAACACUUGUAGCUCAUACGGACUAUAUCUACACACAAAAGCAAAAACCAUAGGUCUAAAGAUGGUUUUCUACGUACCUUGUUGUAAUUUUAUAUAUAAGCAAUAGUUUUUAUAUCUGCAAAUUAAUUUCUGACAUUUAAGAGUUAGUUUAAAUAUGUAUUAAUAUUUGUUUGUUGGCUUAAUUAGUAAAAUGGUCCCUUAAAGACAUUUUUGGUUUUAAAUUGGUCCCUUAAAGAAAACAAGGUCCGAAUAGGUCCCUUAAAGACAUAUCCGUUAAUCAUUU